AAGUGCUUACUGCCUGGAUUGUCUGUUACUGUUUUAAUCCCAUUAAUUAAAAUGUUAACCUGAUUGGGUAGCGAGCGCUCAGUCCCGAUAGGCGAAUCUUCUUCAUAUUAAUAGCCCGACUUGAGAUAAUGAUGUAAAAGACUCCCCCUUCUGUUGCUGAUGCUGAUCGCCGUCGAGAUCUACAAAGUGUGUCUCAACACGAUAAACGCAGUGUAGAGCACUUUAGGAGGAGCCACUGUCUCUACACCUCACUUGACAAGUGGAACAGCCAUCAACAGCAACUCAUAGAGCCGAAACUCAAGGAGAGUGGGGGAGAGUGGCCAAGUCAAGUUUGACCAAAUCUGACUUUUUGGAGACUAUGGACAGGAGAAUAAACUUGGGUGGCGACAUUUUUCACAAAACUCUCAGCGCGGUCUCCGGCAAAAAGAUGGACUCGUUUCGACCGGCCACGGCUAUUGAGCUCGCUUCCAGGGACACCCAGUCGCCAAUCAGCUGUUUUGAACAGCCAGACCUAGACCCGGUUCAGCCCGGAGGACUGACGGCCGGGAGAGCGGGAACGCUGGGGUUGCCGACUGGAUCUUUGUGCGUGAAAUACGGCGAGAGCGCAAACAGAACUUCGGCUGCGGAGAGCAGCGGAGGUGAGCAGAGCCCGGACGAUGACAGCGACGGCCGCUGCGACAUGAUGCUCCUGGCGGACGGGAGAAUGUCGUUGUCCGGGGGAAAGUCUGAGGGAGGUAAGAAAAACAAAGAGCAGAAAACUCUGAGACUGAACAUCAACGCCCGGGAGAGACGGAGAAUGCACGAUCUGAACGACGCGCUUGAUGAACUGCGGGGUGUGAUACCUUACGCGCACAGCCCAUCGGUACGGAAACUCUCCAAAAUUGCCACAUUGCUUUUAGCCAAAAAUUACAUUCUCAUGCAGGCACAGGCGCUGGAAGAGAUGAGGAGGUUGGUUGCGUAUCUAAACCAAGGCCAGGCAAUGUCUGCUGCCUCGUUGCCCCCCACCACAACUCUCACGCCAGGUCUGAGCGCAUACGAUCCGCCGGCUGGUUACCCGUUCCCCGCAGGAGUUCCAGCAUCCUCCUGUCCAGACAAAUGUGCCCUUUUCAACAAUGUCACCUCCAGCCUCUGUAAGCAAUGCACUGACAAGCCUUAAACUCUUCGGCGACUUUCGUAGAAGCACAUGCGAAACUUUUGACUUAAUCCAACGCUGACUGUUGAGGAGAGACUGACUGUCAGUACAGUAUGUUUGCCGCUUUUGAAAUGAGGUCAACAUAUAAAAAGAAUGCUAAAAACUUCUUACGAUUUCAUUCAAAGAAACACAUUUGUUCCAAAACUGAUUGUGUAAAUACGGUAUAGCAUAUACUUUAAGUACUGGUGAGAGUGAGAUAAACCAAACAAAGUCUAUGUCUGAUAGUAGCCCAAGUGGGGGCAGAAUGAACAGUUCAUUAUCAGCAUUAUUGUGGACCCUUCAGAAUGACGUGUAUUACAAACCUGACAACAUGCAACCAUGUUUUACCUUGUUUAUGACGCCAAACUUUUAAUCCUGCAAUAAGUAUUCUUAUUUUGAGUUUAUUUUGUGUAAAUGUGUGACGUGUGUUUUAAAAGCCGAAUCUGGAAUUGUCACGAGGAGGAAAAUAUUGGACUUUACAGACUUUGUUCGAAAAUAGCCUAAAUGUUAUUUCGAAAUCUUAGUUGAGAUUGGUAAUUUGAAAUUGUAAUAUAUUGUUAGUUUGGUGGAAUCAAAAAGUUGUUUUGGGUUUUAUUUCUCUAAAUGGAUGAUAUCAAGUGGGUCUGCAUGCUGGGUCUGAUUAUGCAUUGACAUCUUUGCUGUAAAUCUCGCCGAUUUGUCUUCUUUCGUUUGUUUUUUACAAACACACAUACAUUUUGGCUAGGACGGUUUUAGCUUGUUGUCAGGUCAAGGCUGGAAGCAAUGUACAGUACAGUAGAUAUAUUAGUUUCACUUGUGACCGGAGAGGGCCAUUUGUAUGUGUUUAUGUAUCGGAGAGCUUUAUUAAAAUAUUUUGAUCCAAAGUA